GGUUUUCGGCCACCGUAUACUUGGCUGGAAGAGGAAAAAUGAAAGAGAUCUGAUUGAGCCGAGCCGUCGCGCGCCACAAAAGCGCUCGACGGUCACGAGCGCUCGUGCACGGGAGAUUAGAGCAGACGACCGGUGAGAGUGAGUGAGGACACCGAGAUAACGGGCACAUCCUCGGCCGUUGCUCCUGCUGUUCCUCGGGAAGAUGUUAUUAAGGAGUCCACACCGAGAAUCGAGGAAGUAGAGGCUGUUAGAAACCCUGACCGUGUAAAAAGUUAUCUCUGUCGGACCGUUGUUCCGGUGCUGCUGCCUGCGGGGAUUAAAGCACCGCGAAGGAGGGACAGGUGUCUCGACUCCCUCUCCAUCCUCCCCGUAGACUACAGUGUGACCGGGGCUUGGAGUCUGCUUUACUUGUUGUUGUUGUUGACUUCUUAUUCACAGAACGACACUGGACUUUUCUAAACUAUGUUGUGGACAAGGUGGCUCGUCCUGCUGCUCUGCUGGGGGGCCACAAGCAGCGAGCAGCAAGCGGAACAGCGGGACGGGACCCCAGCUGUAGCCCAGCCGGACCCCCGCAGACAGCGGUCCCCUCCACCUGUGGAGCCGUUGGAUUUUGGGUUUGUGCCAGCGGCGGUUUAUGAUACCCAUGCUUACCACGAACCAGGACCAGUGGGCAUCCUCUUCCACAUGGUCCAUGCUUUUCUCUACGUCGUUCAGCCGAACUCCUUUCCUAAAGGUGAGAAGAUUAUGGCCCACACCCCCUCCUCCACAUUUCUUAAUCUCCCCUCUGCUUCUCUUACACCGAAAAAAAGAGGAAUUCACUUUUUGCUUUGGAUAAAAGUCAUUCUUGAUUAACAAAUAUUCUUCAUAUAACCUCAUAGACAAUGUCAAGUAUGUGCAGAACUGAACAGGUGUUGCACUUAAUGCUGUUACCAUCAGGAUUCAGUGACCUUAUUAAGAAUUGCAGCUUUACUGUCACUGCAGAUGUGUCCUUAUAGUCACAUUCGUGCUGGGAUGAUGAGUGUUUAAUAUGAUGUUUGACUUAAAAAAAAAGGUCACAUCUCAAUUUAUCCUGCAUGAAAUGUUUUAAUCCUAAACUUAGUAUGGCCUAAAAUCAAAGGAGUGAAAAUAAAUUCACUGAAAUUCUCCCCAGGGAUAAAUUAAGAGUGUUACUGUUUGUGAUUUAAGAGUCCCAAAUACUUCACAUUUUGGUGCAUGAAUGAUCAUUUUCUAAAUUACUCUUAAAAUAUAUUGAAGAGGGGUUUAUGUAAAGGAAAUCAUAUUCCUACUAAGAAAAAAAAUGCUAGUUUUAAAGGUACAUGUAUCUCAAAGUUGCUCUUUUCUCAGUCCUAAAAAUGAAGACUCUUCAUUUACGAUAACAUAUGAUCAAGUAAAUCAGGAAAAACUGAUAUUUAGGAACUUGCAUUUAUCUGUCACGAAAAAAACUAUUGGAUUGAUUGAUUUUUAUUGACUUGUUGAUGAAUUAUAUGAAUCCAAUCUUCUAUAAUUGUCGAAAAUUAAGCAUAGAAAGUCUUGGUGAGGGGCCUGUCACACUGCACACAGUUGCAAUUUAAAAAGCAUUUAGAAGUUAUGUGAUUUUUAUGGUAAUAGAUAAAUGAUAUUCUUAUGAGUGUAACAUACCAAUUCUUGUAAAAGUUUUAUUUGUCUGAGUCUGAAAUACAUGUACACAUGGCAUUUGGUUACACCCUCAUUGAUUUGACUUGAGUUGAAGCCAAAGGUUUUCCCUUCGGACUGGGAGUCCCAAGAUAAAUCUGAAAGGGUUAGACAAUAAAAAAUCGUAUUCCCUUGUAUUUUACCAAUCUUUCUGUUUGAGUUUCGCUUUUCUCGUUAAUGAAUUACACCAUCAGGUCUCAGAAAAAUAUUGCUCUCAGCUCAUGUCAACACUGAACCCUGGAAACCAUGCUGGAGGGUCACGAAUUGCCUUUAUUGUUUUUGAAAAGCAGACAGUCAUAGGGUUGGAAACGAUUGCCCAAACUUUUGCUUUGAAGCUUCCCAGAUACUGGCUGACCUUUAGUGCGCCACAAACUAAACAGCAAAGUCCAAAAAACACUGAAAACCCAGAGAUCUCUGUGCUUAAGGUUAUGUGCAUAUUUUUGAUGUAUAUUUGGUCUCUGUCUGACCGGCUGACUUGAGUAGCUGCCCCCCAGGUUGAAGUGCAACUGGAUCAGAAGGGCAAAUGAACAGAGUGGAGGGCUUGCAUGCAUAUGCAGUGUGCUUGUUGAGCCCAUAAACCAAUGUUAAGAGCAGAUUAAUGGGAUCAAUACCUGUCAUAGCUCAUAAGUGAUCCUCUCAGGGCCUGUGCUUAAACAAUAUCGUGUUGGUUAAACAGAUAUCAGCUCUGGCAGGUGAUACACAGGUGAUGUUGUUUUCUGCUCCCCUCUGGUGUUGUGUAGUAACUCAGUGACAGUUGUGUUGUCCUACAACUAACUCUGAGUGGUUUGUUUUUGCGCUGUGUGUAUAACUAUGAGUGGUCACGUUGGAGGAUGACACAGUGCAAUAGGAUUGAAGGUUUUAAGUUGCUGCCAUUUUGGUUUCCAGGGUUAGGGCUGCUGGCUGGCUAAUCAAUUAGCAGAUCAGCGAUUAGAGGAGGCUUUCUCAGUCACCUGCAUCACCACAUAAUACCUUAAUCCACUGGACCAUAUGCUACUGCUGCAAGGGACUUUCCAGUAUGAUUCACACUGUCACACUCACGCAGGUAGAGACCACCUGGAUGUCAAGUCUCGCAUUCCCAAAUCACAUAUCAGGUUUACACAAAACCUACAUGUAACGUAUCAAACCGUGUUUAUCAUGAUAAAUACAAAUAUAAAUUGAAUAUUUAGCAUCUUUUAAACUAAUUUUAAAUUAUGUUUUAUGGUCCAAAUAUGAAGAAAAGAUUAAGUCCAGGGACUCCAGAGUCACAUUUGACAAGAACAGAAAAAAGUAACUGAAAACCAAAAGAUACCCCACUGAUACACCACAAAAUGCAGAAUCAGUAUGAGCAAAUGCAUCUAUUCUUGUAGCGCUCCAUAUUAGAAGAUGUAUUUACUCAUUCAUUUUUUACAAGAACUCAAAGCCUGAUCACAUAAUUCCUCAAACAAUAAAUGUAUGAUUAAAUAUGGGACUAGCAGAGAAGGAAACAUAGGUGAGUGUUACCAAGAUGUCAAUAACUUGGAUUUAUUGCUUGAAAUGCUCAUGAUAUGUAAGGCUUCUUUUUUUGUUUUUGGUCUUUUUUGGCCUUUGCUGACAGAGGAAAGGACAGAGGAGAGAGCAGGAAACAGGGGAGAGAGCAGGAAAGGAACCACAUGAUGGAAUUGAACCCGGGAAAUUAAAAUAGGGAAAUUGAGUGUGCAGCCACAUGCCAGGAAGUUAACCCAGAGUUUAGAAAACAAGAUGCAGGACAUUGACACUCAGCCUGAGGUUAAUCACAGUUCACUCCAGAGCCUGAGGUUUUGCAAGUUCAGGUUACCAUGAUGCUACCUAAACCGCCAGGUCCUCUGAGUCAUGAUCAAAGUAUAAUCACUUUACGCUCGCAGCAUUAGGGUCAAUCAAAGACUUUGAGCAUGUGUCUGUGCAGGUCAGUGCCAUGUCUGUUGAGGGACACAAACCAAUUUGAAAAGUGCAUGUGAUGAUAUUAAAUUUUAAGAUGUGUUCAGGUACCUGGUGAUGCUCUGUGUCACUGCAAAUGCAAAUUACCUUUCAUUUUGUACUUCUUGCAAUACAUUUUUUUGGGCUCUUGUCAUCACUCUCUUUCCCCUUAUAUCCUGCCUUUAUUUGAUAGAACAGAUUUUAAAAAAAAAAGGCAGGAUAUGUAGGGAGAGGUUGUGGGAUGACAUGCACCAAAUCGUAGUGGAGUUAGUAGUGUUAUCUGGCCUAUAGCCUCUGUGUAAGAGACUCAAGCUCCUCCAACUGAGCAUUACCAGCGUACCAGGAAUAUUGUCAAUUUUGACAUAAAUUAAUGCAAUAGAUCAUUUUGGCUGUGUUUUUUCCUUCUUCAAAAGACAUUUAACUCAAUCUCCCAGACCAGGCCAUACAAGAUAACAUUUUUGUCUUUGCAGAACAUCAUUUAGUAGUGAUUCUGUUUAUUUCUUGGAUGCAUAGUGGCACUCUAAAAGUGAGCAGAAACCUUAAAAAGCACUGUGCCAAUUUAGACACAAAGGGAGGUGAAGUGUAACUCUUGUGUUGGCUCAGCCAGCCCUCCUUGGCAGCCACUGCAGGGUGAGUUUCUGUGCCCCACUAGAGAAUGUGAGCAUGACACAACAACCCAAUGUUUGGUGUUGAAGGGCUUUAAUUGGUGCCAUCGGCUAAAAAGUAUGUAUUAUGAAUUAAUGAAAUAAAACUUGUGAGGCUAAUUCUUUUAGAUGACUAAUUUAAACUUUACGCUAAAUCUAGGAAAGGACUUCAAAGCGAGCAUAAAAUUGGAACAUAGCAGAAAAGUUAUUAUUUACUUAUCAAAUAAAUGUUACGCCCACUAUGCUUUUACUAAAAAAGCCAGUUUGUCUGCCUAAUCUUGUCACAUAGAUGCAUUGUGCGUACAGUAAGUGUGCAGUAAACGCCCACUUACACACAAUGCAUGGCUGCUUUGGUGUUGCCUGAGGAUGAAUGAAGUUGAGGUUGGGGGCUUGGUGAAGUUAUAAUAAGCUGGAGCAGAGGUGAUUCUGGUCAGGGCAAAGGCUGGGUUCACCUUAAGGUGGACAGACAUAUAUUGAAGGAUCAAGAACAGAAGUCACUUGAUUGAUCUGAUGGGAUCAGGUGGAUUACUCGAGUCUUUAUUCUCACAAUAAUUAAACUUUUAUUAAUAUGGCACAAAGUGAAAAUGGGCAAAUAUGAAUUUAUGUAGUUAUCAUUUUUUUAAGUUAUCAAGUGUGUCUCAAAGGAUUGUAGAUAUAAUCACAGUAACAAACGGCCCUUGCAAAUCAAUGCAUGUUGUACAAUAAGUAAAUCCAAUACUUAAGAUGAAUAAACAAAGGGAAGAUAAUAACACAACAGCAAUGAGUUCAUCUUUGGUUCACGAGCGUGUCUGCUGACUCUUCCUGCCUUUUAGUCGCUCAUCCAUCUUAAAUCUGUGUGACGGUUCCUUUAACGAUGCAUUUUGGAUUCUUUCACUGAGUAAGGAGGCAGUGUCUUAUCCCUCCUCCAGUACACACAGGGUAGAUUAGAGGAUUAGCAUCCACGGCUAAUGCUAACACUGCAAAGCUACAACUGCUACAGAUGGCAUUGUGUCACACACACACACACACACACACACACACACACACACACACACACACACACACACACACACACACAUAUGUAAGCACAUUCAGGCAUGCACACACACUACCAUGAACUGAAAGUGGGUCAUAGUCCUGGUUUUGUCUGUCCUCUUAAUUACUGUGAUUGGUAGUAGGCAAGUUGUUUAUCUGUAAACACACAUUUUAAAUAAGAUCACGCUCAAGAGGGCGGAUAAGUAAGAUGUCUGAUGUGGAUAUUUAAGACCAGGGAGGAAUUACUACGUCCCAGAAGUCUUUUUUUGUGUACUGAUGCUUUAAAUCCGUCAACACAAAUAGAGGGGAAACCACAGAAGAGCGAUAAGCUCCUGUUUAACACAUUUAAACAGUCGUCUGCUGCUGCUGCAAUCCUCGCACUCUAAAAUGAAUUUGGAGAAAUACCGUUUUUAGGUUGUUUUUUGUUGACCGGAUAGUGUCGACUUUUAUUAGUCUUUGGAAAGACAUGACAACAUGAAUGAAUCAACCGAAAGAAAAUUGAUUCAUUCAUCUUUCCAUGGAUUAAUUGUUACAUUUUAUUGAGUGAAAAAGACAGAAAAACUUCAGCAUCCUGCCUCUCUUACAUUUUCUGAUGUUUUUGGUCGUAUAUAAUUUACCUGAACGUCUACGUGACUUUUUCCCAAUAUUAAAAAAAACCAUCUCUUGAGUAAGGGAAAUAAUUAUCAGGUUGAUCGAUGAACGUGAAUCUUUGAAAUAUUAUGUAAAGUGUAAUGGAGUGUCUAUUGCCAAUAGGUGAAGAGGACAUUCCCCAUAAUCCUCUUAGUUGUUAGGCUCCCCCUCACAGUGGGCUUACUUUCUUUAGCCCCUGGUGCCAUUCAUAGGUAAACUGCAGAGAGUUACGUAGUUAAACAUACUGUUAAACAGCACCCCGCAGCAUCACUUCAUAACAGUAUUGUGGCCACAAGAUCAACACCAUUUAAAUUAAAUUAAAGAUUUUAAUGAUUGUUGCAUCGAUAAACGUCUACAUGCUGUAUCAUAAUAACUGAAAAAAAUAUCUUAACGCCCCUAACAGGUGCCACAGGUAAAAACAUAGUGUCUGGUACAGUGUGCGUAAAACAUUUAAGUUUUUGUCAUUUUUUCUCUGACAUUAAAGAAAGCUCUAUCUCUACAGGUCCCCGAAACACUUGGAAAUUUCUUUCUCCUUCUAAAGAGUUCAAAUCAGAUCUGUCCAAGAAGCUUGACACAUGGUGUUAUGAUGGGUUUGAAAAAAAUAGUCAUUUUGGAUUUCUUCUUUUAGGGCAAAUUUGCUUUAUGGAGUGAAGUUUUGUAUCUAAAACAAGUAAAUGAUAAGAGUAUAAUAGUGUAAAUUUACAGCAUCCACCACUGAAUCACCUAUUGGUAAAAAAAUCCUCCAUUGUCACCGUUAUCAUCCUAUUUACUUCAUACUUGACUUCUCUCCUCUCCUAAAAAGCAUCCAAAGGAGUAACGUGGUGACUCCACAGCUGAUCAGUUCAUUUUGAACUUGAUUAAUCAACAAGUUCAAAGUUCACAGCGGUGGUGAACAAGCCGGCCAAUACACUGGUCUGUAAUGUUUUGUGUAUGUCCUGUAAGAGGGGACACUGAAUAUACAAAGUGUAGAUGACUGUUGGGUUGCGUAAGGUAAUGAUCACACCGCCUCGUAAUCUCUCAGAGCAGGCCAGCAUAUAGGAUUGUGUCAGCCUAUAUUUACACAUCACAGUAAGAGGGUUGUACGUUCUGUCUUAAACAUCUUAACGGCGAACUAUCAGCAGUGCUUGAUGACAUUUUGCUCAACCUGAUGUUUAAUUCUCUAUUUUCAACUCUGAUGGCUCAAACGGGGGUCUCUUUGAGGGCAUUUGAAAGUGAAACAGCUGUGAAAGUCUCUGAGAAAGUCGCUCAUCAAAGGUGUCUCUUCCCAUUAGACAGUAAAAAUACUACAAUUUCCUUGCAGACACGAGUCCAGGUUUAAUCACCCUUUCAGGCCUCAUUCUGGUGGUUGUUUAUCUAUCUCUUUUCCUUUCGUUUGCAGCCGCAAACUCUUGUACUGGGUCACUGAACUAAGCUGUCUAAGCUUAACUGCCCACAGUGGCUAAUGCUAACUAAGUAGCUGAGCAACAGCAGGUGGCAUCUACACAACAUAGAUGUGCUCAUACGCUGCAUCUAUAGAGUAAACAAAUAUGUCUUCACCCCACCUGACAGUCAAGGAUCUCCGUGAGGUAAACAAGUUUCAAAAAACAGGAGACAGCUGUGAAAAAGAAAGGCAGCAGACCCUCAGCAGGGGGUAAGAUAGUGUUGAGAGGAUUAUCCGUAUGGUCGCAAAGGAUAUCCUCAGUCUCCUUUUACUGGGAAGGAGGAAAAUUUUACUUUCACAAAUGGAAAUUUCCAAUUUUAAUGUCAAAUUAUGCUCCUGUUUACUCCGUUUUAUGGAUAUAUUAUAUUAGAUAGAACUUUAUUAAUCCCUCUGUGCAGGUUCCCUCAGGGAAAAUAAAAGAGGAGGACUUCAGGAGGAGUGCUGAACAUUGUCUAAUUUUGGCGUCACAAAAAUUAAUAUUCGCUGCUUGUCUUUGUCGUAUACCACAGCAAACCGAGUCCUGAAUCAGUUUGUAGACGCUGCAAUGGUUCUAUGAGGAAGUGUAUUGGAUUUUUUUGUUACUUUUCCCGUACACUGACAUAUUGAAAUUCAAAGAUUAAUCAGGGAAAAGUGACAGAAAUUAAAAUGAUCAAGAAAUAGAAUAAUAGAGUAAGUGUAGGUGUAGGUAGUAAUAAAAGUGAUAUACUCAUGAUAUAUGACAUAGUAUACUGAAUUCCUAGAAUGAACAAAUCUGAUUAAGCCUCUUUGCUUUAAACAUGAUCAAUCUGCUCCCUGCUGACAUAAGGCAGGAUAGACCAGUAUGUUUCAGUGUGUGUGUGAGUAUGUGUGUGGCAUGCAGGGGUGUUGAACGGGGUGGAAAACCAGUGUGUGCUUGUGCAUGCCUGUGACUUUUUUUAUGUCAGUGGUGUCACCAUCUGCUAUGCCAUGGCACUUUCUGCACGUUACUAAGAGGACUUGCUUUGAUGUCUGAAUUUUUUAAAGAGAUGAGACAUGCAGCAAUUUUUCCCAUCAUCACAGCUGUAACAUUUUGGUUGAGUUUGAGAAAUCUGACAGCUAAGAGCAGAGCCGGCCCAAGCCUCAAUGGGACCCUAAGCAAAAUUUGAUUCUGGGGCCCUGUAUUCCUGCCAAUAAUAUUGAUUGUAGAUCAUUCACACACUUACAACAGGAUAAAUUUAAUGUGCCUGACAUUUCUUUACACAUUUAAGGGGGUGGCCUAGGUAAUAACAUAAAUAAUACCAAUGAAUGACUGAUGAAUUAUGUAUUUUUUAACUACACACAUCAGUAUGGUUGUGGCAGAGGUGAAAGAGGCGCUCAGAUGUUGUAGUUGUGUAAAAGUAGUCAUGCCAUAGUGUACUGAUACACAGUUACAAGUAAAAGUCCCAAUUUAAGUGUUAUUCACAGUGAAACCAAACAAACCAAAGAGAAGAGAUACUCUUCAAGCAGAAUUACCAAUUAUACCAAAUAAAUAUGCAGUAUUCAUGAUGCUAUGAUAACAACUUACAGAAUCAAUUUGAUCACCUCAGCUCAAGCUAAAAAAUGUGAACCUAUUUCUAACUACUCUAUAUCCUGACAGGAAGCUCUGUCUUUAAUACUCUGUGAGUUAUUAGUUGAUCGUAUAGCUGUAUUGGUAGCUGUCCAACAUGAGUCUGGUCCUGCUCAAGGUUUCUGCCUGUUAAAUGAAGUUUUUCCUUGCCAAGUGCUUCACUCAUGUUGGUCAAAUCUUUCCCAUCUCAAGGUUGGGUCUUUGUAACACAUCAAACAAUGAGUUAGGUCUAGAUCCUGGUCCUGCUCUUUUGGAAAGCAUCUUAAUAGGAUAAUGACUGUUGUUAUUUGGCGCUGUAUGAAUAAACAUUGAUUGAUUGAUUGGUUUGAUGUGUUAUAUUAAAAACUAAAAAAAAAAAAAAUCAACAAAUUUGUCUUUGUAUCAAAACUACAUUUCUCACUAAAAUGUCAUCAAAUAGAUUAACUACACCAUUGGUUAGGGUAAACAUGCUUCUUUGUUUCUUUAAGUUGUAGAAUUAUACAUGUUUACCUUUUUAUAAAAUGAUUAAUUUUUGCUGUAUAUGUUGCCAAACACGCAUAUUGAUGAAGCAUGCACUGGUUUGUGUUCUUGGCAUAUGUCCAAGUGCUGUCUGCAUAGAGAAACUUUUGUUUACCUGCUUAGGAAGUUAACUGUGGCUCCCCAACCGAGUAGGCUUAGAGUCGGCUGACCCAUAUAAACACAGACAGCUGGACUGAGUGGUGUCCUCACCGGCAAACUACUCAGUUUAAACUGUUUGUGCAAAACACACAGCUGCUCGACCAAAAAAAGAAAUACAUUUAUUAUAAUGCUCUCCUCGGAAAUUAAAAAAUCAGCACACAUAAUCUAUUUGUGUGCCGCUGAAAUGGAUAAGCGGGUUUUUGUGUUCCAUUGUAGCAGCUUGUCUAGCAUUAUGCAGAGAGCUCAUUUGAUCAUGUAUGAAAUUGGCAGAUGAAUCCCUCACAAGCUGUACACUGCAUGUAAAACACAGCUGUAAGAAGGAUUACAACUGUACUGGACUUUAUUUUGCAAACUGAAAAAACCGAUGACUGUGUGUCUGUUGCUUUUUUUUUCCUUUUCAGACCUGAUUGUAAAAAUCAUUCAACAAAACAUGGGAGGAAUUAAAAUAGAAGAAUGGAGAAAGGUGCGUUUUCAAUUAGCAUAAAUUAAAGUGUAUUUGACUUUUAACCUGCUGAUUUUGAGAAUUUCAUAUCAUGUCUUUAUCUUAUUUAGGGAAACAUAUAAGAGUCCUUUUUGGUAACACUUUAUAACACAUUAAUCAUAUAUUUAUGAUGCGUUAUGGAUAUAAGCGUGAAAUAAUCACGUUUUAGCAUUGCAUAACUAUAGUUAUAAACACUCAUAAAUGAUCAUAAUGCUUUAUAACAAUAAUCAUAACACAUUAUAAGACAUUUCAUCAUGACUUAUAAACUCAGGUAUUAUAAUGUGUUAUAACUGUUAACAACUCACUGACAAUGCCCACAUAGAUAAUACAAUGCAACUGUUGUUAACAGUUAUAACACAUUAUUAUACCUGACCGUGUAAGUCAUGAUGUGUUAUGAUUAUUGUUAUAAAGCAUUAUGAUCAUUUAUUAGUGUUUAUAACUAUAUUUAUAUAGUUAUACAGUGCUAUAACAUGAUAAUAAUGCAUUAUAAAUAUAUAUGUAUAUAUAUAUAUAUGUAUAUAUGUGUAGUCAAAUAAAGUGUUACCUAGUAUUUCCCUAUUUUCCCUUUUUCCCUGUGCCUGUGUAUUCUAUGUUUUUAUGUUUAUUGUGUACUGUUGUGCUGAUGCCUACUGUAAACCAAAUUUCCCACGGGAUGAUAAUUAUGAAGUUAAGUUGAGUUGAGUAGUUAAAAUACAGUUUGAUUCAUCAUUGAGUGAUAUUUAAUAUUUAUUUUCUACUGUAGUGUGGAGAAUGUGGUUGUGUGAUGAUGUUUUUUGUGUCUGUUUUCUCCUUGUUUCUACUUUGUCUGCAUGUGCACUUGUUUUUUCCUCGCCCUCCGAUGGCUUUAACAGCCAGACAACGUGGUCCUAUUACUGCAGGUAAACUUUCUAUCACAGCAUGAUUACACAAUGUCUAAAAAUGUCCUAUGUGAAGGUAAAUGAUGAUUGUCUGAUCGUGUGUGAAUCCUGUCCUCCUGCAGUGGAUCUACUACGAGUCUGGAUUCAUCAUCUGUGGGACCAUUGGUAUUCUGUUUGUGGUGCUCACUCCCAUCAUCGGCAUGUGUUUCUGUGUGUGUCGGUGCUGUGAGAACUGUGGAGGGGAAAUGCACCAGAGACAAAGAAAGAACGCUGACUGUCAGAGAGGUUUCUACACCGCAUCCCUGAUCGCCAGCACCAUCUUCAUUAUGUAAGGCAUCAUUUUCUCUUCAGUCUUCGGCUUUAUUUAUUGACUCACUUGUCCGUUUUUUGUUAAUUUACUUGAGAAAUGAAAAUAUGAUCAGCAGGACUCUAUCUUCAAUCUGGAUAUCCUUCUUUUGGAGAGCUGCAAUAGUCGUACUGCUGCAAAGCAACACAUGAUCAAAUCUAUUCAAAACUUUUAACCUAGCCCAACCUGCUCAUAUUGAUUUAUUAAAGAAUUAUUAUUAUAUAGUACAGCUAAAAUAUAACCCAAAGAGAGGUUGGGGAGUAAACUAAGGUCUCUUGAACUUGUACAACAUGCAGUUUACCUUCUUUGGGGGAAACAGGUGCACUGUUGGAGAAAUACAAUCCAAACAGUGCAGGACAGUUAAGUGUUACUGAUACCACUUGGCUGACUCUGAGAGGCCUGAGGUUUGAAUGAGUGCUUUCACAGCACACAUGCUUGCUCAUUCACACACACACACAUAUAUUUGUACUCUGUAGCCAUUUGAAGAAGUGUAGAUAAAAAAUCAAUAUGGCUUGUUAUCAAAAUUCUUUAUGAAAUUUCACAAAGUAGGUUUUUAUUUUCCUUUUUUUCUUGGCUUUAGGUCAUUUCUUUGCCUGAGAGGAUUGUAGAGUCAGAUAAAACCUCAAAAUAGUCUAAAACUACAUGAUAAUUUGAUUUUUUUUUUUAAUCCAAGAAAAAACAUAACCAGCAGGUGAUUGGGUGCUCAACUUUAGAUUCUUAUACUGUUUUUUUCAACAUGUACGAUGAAGCAAAGGGUUCUGCUUUUACUUGACAAACCUUUUCUAUUUAUCUUUUUUAUUCUUACUUGUUACCAAGAAGAGAAAUGAUAGAUUUCCCCAAAAGAUGCUCAAAUCUUGUGAGCUCUUGUUGUCUCUGCUUCAUGCUGAAUCUUUUCAACUCUUUGCUGAAUAGACAAGAAAAAUUACAACCAAGUGUUUGCACAGAAACCAAAGAAUCUACCUUUGACCUUUCAUUGAUUCCAACAAAGAAAACUAAAUAUUUUUUCAUACAACUACACACAACAUUUGGAUAAAAUCUGUGCUGUUUGUUUCCCCUCUACCUUGAAGAGGGUUAGAUUAGGUUUUUAGGGAGAAGAGGAGAGACAGAAACAGAGUGAAAGCUGCUGCUUUGCUACAGUUUGGGACCGGUCUUUGGUGUAAUCCUCAUUUAAGGAUUGAGUUAGAAAUACUAAGUUGCUUAACCUGACUCCUCCUAAUGAAUGAGCAAAGGGACUUUACGUACCAAUCUGGCUCUCAAUGAAUCAUCCCCAAGAUACUCCAGCAGCCCAUUCAGCAGAAAUGCAGCUUAAUAUAGCAAUACUGCCCUCUGCUGGUAAUCACUGCUCAUUGUAUUUCUUACUUUCUCUUUCUGUGUGUUCCAGUCUGGGAGUACUUAUCGCCUAUGCUGCAAACCAUAAUGUCAGCACCAAGAUCAAGAGCACUCGGCGGUUCAUCAACACAAACAUGAGAGACUUGAGGACGUUUGCUAACAACACUCCUGCAGUAAGCCCUCUCAAUCCCCAUUAAGAAAACACCCACAUUAAAGUUUAUGUAGUCAUUUUUUGUAAAUACAUGACCAGCAAUUUUGGUUGUCCUCUUACAGCAAAUUGAAUAUCUGACAGCCCAGUACACCACAGCAAAACACAAAGUCCUGUCAGACCUUGACAGUAAGCAUGCUCAUAGCUUUUGUUUAAUGUUUCCUAGUUCCAUAAGUCUUUGGAUUUCUGUGUUUGUUUGUAAAAGUUUAUCUGUAGUUUUGAAAUUUUUUGUUUUUUUGCUGACAGACAUUGGGCCUUUGUUGGGCGGGAGGAUCCACAGUCAGCUAGAGAAAGAGGUGGUUCCCUCACUGGACACCGCGCUGCGUAUGGCAGGAGGUACUACACAACACUCUGGAUUCACCCUCCAGCUCGGGUCAAACAGCUGAGUCAGAGUAUCAAAAACACUGAUGCUGCUGAGCUGGAAUAAAUUAAAUUUUUUUUCUGUUAAUUUAUAGGCGAUCUAUGAACAUUACAGCCUUCAUAUCUCGGUUUUUAACUUUCCCUCUUGCUUUGUGUUUACCUCACAUUUCUUUUUGACUCAAGCGAAAGUUGAAAAUGCCAUUAAAGGUAAUUGAAGCGGAUCUGGAGUCAGUUUUGCUGUCUCCAUGACUUGGUGUCCGUGCAUCUUGUGUGUUAUAAACCCUGUAGAUCUGAUCCUAAACCUUCGUUGUGCCCUGAAAAAUGUUUAUACUGCGUUUCCCUUGUGUGCUGUUGGUGUGGUCAAUCAUUGUGUGUUAUUGUUAUCCUUUGUGGUGAUUUUGUGAAAUGUGAUUGUAAAUGACACUUAAGUCUCAUGAAGCCGCCCGUUCUUUACUCAUGUGAUUCAUUUGGUUUAUUCUUGGUUGAGUUUUACUUUUCUAUGUCUUGUAGCCAUGCGGGAGACUAAAGAGGCCCUAGAGAGUGUCAGCUCCUCUCUGGAGGUUCUUCAGGAGGGUACGGGAAAACUUCGGAACAGUCUGUCGGGGGAGCGGGCAUCUCUCUCUAACACCCUGUCAGACCCUGCCUGCACCAAUGGAGCAGUUUCUCACACGUGUAACACCAUCCGCUCCACACUGUCCCAGCUGGGGAUCAGUGCAGAUUUCUCCAAGGUACUGAGAAAUAAAGACACCUUUUAUCAUAAAUAUCGAAUGAGAAUCUCGAAAUUGUCUUAAUGGGUAAUUUGACAACUUCAUACUUAUACAGACUUCUUUUUUUAUCAGCUUGCAGAUGUCAAUCAUGCCUUGGCUAAUGUCAAUGUAAUCCUUAAAACAGACCUCAGCAACAUAGUACAGAAGGUGAGUCUCUUUGUGCAAAUUGAUGUUCUCCUCCUCCUGCUGCUGCUGAUCAUCUCAGAUGUUCAUUUUCACUUAUUUUCUUAUAAAACACACUGGAUCAAACUACCUUCCUCAAUCCUUUUUAUCCUCACUUUCCAUCUCCAGGGCUACUCGUCCUUCAAUGAUACACCAAAACUGGUUAAAGAACAAACUAAAAACAUUGUCGCAGGUACACAAUUAUGUGCUUUUGUGUGUUUAUAUACUGUGUGUUAGUGCAUUAUUUUGCUUAACAAGUUUAGUUGUUUCCACCUUUGCUUUACAAACACUGUUAAAAUAAGUUGGGAUAGUUUCUCUCCUUAAUCUUUGCUUCUCUUACUCUCACCUGCACACUUUCAAACGAUGAAACCACAGCUCUACCUCGUAAGUCUCUUUCCUCCCUCUCCAAGACUAGACCUCUACUUCUUUUCUUUGAUUUGUUUUCUCUGAAUUGACGGGUAUGAGUUUAUGUUUCCUCCUGAUUUUUUUGUUGUUGUUGUCAUAUUUGUAGGUGUAAAAAACAUGCUGGAUAAGAUUGGCACAGAGAUUAACAGCUUCGCUAAGAUGUUUCCAGUCGAAGCAUCUCUGGCCAAUUUCACCAUUUUCCUCAACGAUGGACAGAAAAAAAUUGAGUCCUACUACCCACAGAUUGACCAAAUGGAUUUCUACAGGUUUGUCUUUUUAAUAUCAAAUUGAUGCACCUUAACCUUCCACAUUGUAGGAGCUAAUGUCUCAAAUGAGAGUGAAUAAUAGUGGGAGUAAGACCUGGUUUCAGCUGCCAAAGAAAAGGAAAAGAAGCGAUUGCUCUUAGAUAAUUAUGAACUAAUUCUGCUGCUCCUUCUGACUUCACAUAACAAUCUCCAGCUCAUUGUUAAAUCCUUAAGUUGCUCACCUAUUUUUGUUUACUCUCACAGUUAGUUUUGCACAGCAGUAAGCCUUAUUGAAGUCAGAACGGGGUCUCUGUAAAUGUAUCUGUCUAUGCCACAGGUGGAUUGGCUGUGUGGCAGUGCUCUGUACGGUCAUCCUGGUCGUUGCGUUCAACAUCCUUGGCCUGCUUUGCGGCACCUGUGGCUACGACAAGCAAGCUACGCCGACAACACGAGGCUGCCUAUCAAACACCGGCGGCAACCUGCUAAUGGCGUAUGUAACCAAGACCAAAGUCUAAUUUUACAGAGUGAGGGAAGACUGUUUUGACCUUUAGAUUAGCUGUAACUCUUAACCGCUGUAAUCCAUUGAAGUGUUAUAAUAUUAUGUAUGCCUUCUUAACUCUACAUCCUCUCUGGUACACCUGAGUGAAAGUCUGAAAUGACUCCAAGGCCGACUUAGAGUUGGGAAACAGAUUAGCAGUUAUGUCAGCAGAGGGACAACCCUGAAACAAAGAAAUUUACCAAGGCUUUGUGAUGCAUGAUGGGAAGUAGGAACUAAAGCUACUAUAAGGUGAUAGAUUUCUGUGUUACAAUGAUUUCUACCCUCUGUCUCUUGCUCUUCCAGAGGGGUGGGCUUCACUUUUAUCUUUGCCUGGGUGCUGAUGGGCAUCGUGACCACCCUGUUUGUUGUCAGCGGUAACGUGGAGAAGUUGAUAUGUGAACCGCUUGCAAACCGACAGCUAUUCCAGGUACUGAAUACACACUCCCCUCCCUCCUGAAUCAGAGUUUUAUCUGAGCGGGAUAGUGUUACAUAAGAGCAACACUGUGGCCUUAUACUGAUGUCUAUACAUGUCUGUGUGUGUGUGUUUGGGCAGAUCAUAGACACACCGUACCUGGUCCAUCCUGCAAAAAAGAACUUUCUUCCAGGGAUGCUGUUUCAGAAUCCGAACAUUGACUUGACUUUGGGAAGCAUGUACAGGUAACAGGCCAACAGUUGACACUGUACGUAUGUAUUUACUCACAAGCAUUUAUUAUUUUCAUGCACACUCAGUUGAGGAUUGCUAAUGUGAAAUACCCUUUGAGUUUAAAGUUUCAUGGAUUUAAUAGUAAUAACUUUAUUUUUAUAGCACUUUUAAAAACAGAUGUUUACAAAGUGCUUUGACAUGUAGUCGUAGAGCACAUGGAAAAAGACAGAUAAAAAAAAAAAAGCUCACUUAAAACAGAAUUGAAGGCCAUUUUCAUGUCAUAAGGAACCCAGACAAUACAAGAACCAUGCAACAUAAAAUGGGACCAUGAGGACCAAAAUAAAAACAUAAAAUGGUUCAGAAAAAAGAAAAUGCAAUUAAAAAGGGGGUCGAAAGCGAAAAUAGGAUAGUAAAUAUAAAAGGCAAUAUUAACAAUGAUAAUAAAAUAAUAACAGGUAAUACUGAUAAUGAUAGUAAUGAUAAAAUAGAGCAACAGAAAUGAACAAGAGAUAAAACAAUAAAAGGCCUAAAAGGUUAAUUAAGAAAAGAGUACAAGUAUAACAAAAGCUGAAAAGACAGUAAAGCUGAAAUAAGAUAGAGGUAAAGAGGUGACAGAUAAAAGAUAAAACCUACACAUUGAGUAGUACAUAAACAAAUGUUUACUCUCAGGAGUUUCCCUCAGUGACAUGUUUAUUUGUUUCACAGGGAGUGCUAUGAGAACAACGGGCUGUACCACGCUCUGCAACUGGAGACCAUGUUCAACAUCAACUCCUUCCUCAACAGAACUGUGGUAGGUUUCUGUUUCAGCACUGAUGCACUGAUGGAGAAAAUGAUAACAUCCUGGUAACCUGUGAGUUAACAUGCAUGUUUCACAACAGUACAACAAGGAUCUGGCCAAUGUGUUUGAAAGUGUUCAGAUUGACCUGCGUGACAUCACACUUCUGGAGCAAGCUGGAAGGGAUAACCUCUUGAACUUUGCCAACUCUGGGAUUGGACAGAUUGACUAUGAUGCCUACCUGGCUGAGGUAAUCUGUGGCUGUAAUCCAUCCUUUCUGGCCGAUGUUUUAAAUGUGUGACAUUGCUGUAAAUGUUAAAAUAAAAUAAAGUUUGAAUUCUUAUUUUCGAAGACAGCUCAAGAAUCUCGAUCAAGAAAAAAAUAUGCAAAAACAACUAUUAAAUGUCUAUUUUCAGCCCUACUUUUUGUUGAAAAUGGGAUUAAGAACAUAAAUUCUGUGCAAAGAAAAUUUGGUCAAAUAUUUGAUAUACUAAAGAGGUUCAUUUGGCCUGUUAUUGAUAAACGUAUAAAAUGGUUUCCUCUGUAAAGGCCAGAGGAACCUCUGAACCGUUUCAUGUACAAAUAUUUGAUAAUCAUUGAUUAUUACCAAAAUUGACCAAUACAAAUGAGACGGAAAAAAUGACAAAAAAAUUUGCUUAUUUGUAGAAAUUCAGUUAAUAAAAUCUAGAUAAAUAAGUCAGUAAACUCAUGAUUCUGCACCUUCACUGAAGAUCUCUGUUUUGAUGCUUUAGGUAAAUAAGGGAGUCACUUUGGUGGAUCUUUUAUCCUUCUCUACCAACCUGGAGGCCCAGGCGGACCAGUUGGUGAGUCUCAUAACUGUAGGACCAAAUCGUUAAAAGCAACAAGAUGAUUGGUUUUAUUUAAUCAAAUCACAAAAUCUUGAAGACCUGUUUGAGUCAAAGCUGUAGUAAAAGCGUAAGUCUUAUAGACUUACUUGACAUAGAUAAGAAAUGAGUACAAUGAAUUGACUUCCAGGUAGUCUAACAAAUCCAGUCAUUUGUUUUGCAAGAUUUUUGUUGUUAUCUCAGACUGUAAAUGUCUGUCCAAAAUUUCAACAUCGAUUAGUCUCUGUUUAUUUUGUUAAUGAAGAUUUACAACUUGUACACUAUUUGGAAAACAUAAAAUCAUUCCCUUACCAACACAUCCAAAUGUACAGUGGAGCAGCCUCUCUGAAUUUUCUGACUUCAUGCCCAGUGAUCAGCCUGAACAAGCUGCCCAUUCACCCUGAACACACACUGACACAUUUAUGGCACAUGCAUCGUGUAAAUACAGGUAUGUACAGGAACUGUGCCAUUUAAAGCACAUGGGAAAUGACACAGAGAGAUUACUGUGUGUGAAUAUCUAAGGAGGGAAAGAACGAUUUAUUAAGUUAAUAAGCUUUGACAAUCUAUAUAAGUCUUCAAAGUGCAUAAUAUGUGUAACUGUACCCAAUGGUUGUAUUAUUUGUUUGCAUGUGUUUGUUCACAGCCACGUGGUGCUCUGGAAAAUGCACUGAAAGGACAUGCCAGUAGUAUCAGACAGAUUCACAGAGAACAAGUGGUUCCCAUGGAGCAAGCAAUGGUAAUCAACACUCCAACAACACAACACCACUAAAUUAAGACUCUUUUCACAAACAUAACCAAACACAGCCUUUUACACUGGUCAACACCCCUACAGAGCAUGCAUAUUAUUUUAAGAGACUCAACAAUCGAUCUGCUUGGUAAAGUUGUAUGAAGUAUCCAGGUGCAAACAUCACUCAUAUAGAUACCUGCAAAGAAUAUCCCUAAUUUAUGGCAAACUGCAUUUAAGUCUGCAAAAUGUAAAUAUAUAUGUCUCACAGGUACGCAGAAUUUACCAACUACAUCUCAACUUUUCAAACUUUGUGUCAUGUCUAUAGCUCAACAUUAUGGACUUCAGCAAGCAGUAAUAGGAAGAGUUAAUCUUCGUUAGCUGAUCCCAACUUUCCUCUUUUUCUCCUCUUCUUUCAUUAACUUGUGACAGAAAUAUGUCAGAGCGCGGGUAAGCCGCUGUUGAUACACAGUGUUCAUUGUGCGUUUUUGUCAAAGCAGUGGUGUAAAUGUUGUGUCAGUGAUGUGAUUGGGUGUUUGUAAUCGCCAUCUAGACGUGCAACUGCAGAUUGUUUGGUAACAGAUUUUUUUCUUCUCUUUGCGCAGAGUGCUAUGAGCCAGAGUAUCAAGCAGCUGCAAAGGACAUCUAACGACCUACCGGUGAGGAAACACUUUAGUGCAUUGCGCUCCAAAUCAAUAACAGCAAUGUAAGAUUUGCAUAAUGCUAGAUGUGAUGCACUAAUCUUGGAGUUUAUCAUUAGAUGGUUUGACAAAAUAGGCAAAUGACGUCAGGUGCUUUUGGGCUCUAACUUGACAUUUUUAGGCUUGGGUUCCCGUAGAGCGCCUAAAAAUACAGGUUUACGCUUUGGGCAUCUAAACCCCGAGGAACACCAGAUGCACAAACAGGGCUUCAUGAAAAUAAAGAAAACCAACAUUUCUCUCUCUCUCUUUUAGGCUAAAGUCACAAACAUCCUGAGUGCCAUCGAUGCAGUGGAGUACCUCAUUACUCAUAAUGCCUCCCAUGUGGUAAAACAGGUAUUUAAAAAAAAACUGUGUAACGUGCAUUUCAUGACAUUUGUGAACAUGAGCAUACACAAAUAGCUUUUCCUUCUGGUUUCAUACUGAUCGACUAGAUAAUAUUAGAUGAGACAUUCAUCAAAACAAGAUUGACAAGUCUUGCAGCUCAGUCAAAGCUCUACUUCCUUUGAAUAAAACAGGAAAAUAAAAUCACUAAACAGCAGUCCAAACUUGUCCAAACUCAGCAGAAACAGCAUCAUAAAGCAGUUUGAUAUAUCAUUUUAAAAAUUUGUCAUGCACAGUGUCAUAUAGUGUGUUAGAUUCACCUCACAUAAGGACAGACAAAGCUUAAGAAACCAUCGUUUGGUAAGAUAAGAAUACAAGCAUCAAGAACUACAACAUCUGUUAAGAUAAAUAGGAGGGUCUAUGCUCUUUUCCCACACUCAUCACCUAUCUGCUAACAUGUUUCCUCUGUCGAUGUCUAGGAGACAAAGGCUUACACAGAAAGCUUAGUGGGAUACUUCAAACAGUACACAGCAUGGGUCAAAAACUCGGUGAGUAUACCUCCGUUUCUGUAUUAUUUGAAUAAUACUGAGGUGUCCUCUUAAAGAGAAGGGGUUAACUAUUUACAGUAAAGACAUUAUCAACAGGAAGUUUCUAACGGGGGUUUAGGCCGUAUAAAGGCUUGUGCAACAGUUAUUCAGAAUCCCCCGGGGACAUUUUUGUAAGACCACCGUGUCUGAUUCUGUUUAUGUUGUCUAGAUUAGAAGUCUGUGAUAAUAAAACACUGAGGAGAGAUUAGCCAGAGGGAACUAAAAUGGCCAUAAGUGCAGUCUUUCUGGAUAAACACACCCCAAGAAAGUUGUGGUUUUACUGUUGACGUCAUCCAUAUAUCUCUGUAAUCUAAACUCCGAGGUUGUUUUUGCUGCAUACUGUACUUCAUGUGUGUAUUUUUCCCUGUAGUUGACUGCAGAGGUGGCCCAGUGCAAACCCAUCAGUAACAUUGUGGACAGUAUGGAGAUAGUAGGAUGCAGUUUCAUAGUCGAUUCAGUGGUAAGGCACCAAGAGAACUAUGUGGUUAUCUGUGUGAGUCUGCGUAUAUGUGUGUGUAUGUGUGUAUGUGUGUGUGAGGUGCUCUUAUUCAUUUUGCAGCUGUAUGUACCGAACAUGUUCCCCACAUGUAUUUGGAUUCCAACUGGAAAUAUAAACGGCUCUUUGACUGUUUGAGGGAGCGAUGAAGGCUGUGGAGUCAUUGGGCCACACGUAUGAGAACAGUAUGUUCUUCAGCCUUCAACACACAGACUCGCACAUACUGAGAUGAGAUACAGUCUGUUUUGAGUCACGGAGGGGAGUUACGUACACACAGAUUAUUCACUGUUUGCACUCUGACCCCAGAGGAGAUGAAAAGCUUCAUAUUUACAUAUUAGCUAUAUAUCAUGCAUGUGAGUUUGUGAGAGUUUAAUGAGAGCUCAUUCAAGCCACAGACUGUGGUUAACAUAAACACAGGUUUUAUAUAUCCAGCAGUGAGCCUGCAGCCACAGCUGCAUGUGUGUGUGUGUGUGUGUGUUUGUUCAUGUGCACAUGUGUUUGUAUUUACAUGUUCUGCUCUGACUGUGCUUCUUCAUGUGAGUAUUUCUCGUCGUUCUUGUAUUUCAGUCUUUAAAAGGUGAGAAACUUUGGAAAAAUGCCAAGUACAGUCAAUACUUUUUGUGAUGUACAGACUAAAUACAAAAGGUAAUGAAAUUUUAACAUUAAAAAAACACUGAGUCCUGAUUUGUGCAGGGAAAUUGACUUACAAAAAAUGGACAAAUGGAUAAAUACUCGAACUAUUGAAGUUUAAAGUAGAUAAGACAAACCUAUCGCUAUUCAUUUUCUAAUUAAAAGGGAUUUGACAAACACUUGCAGUUAUGUCUGAUUAGAUACAUUUGAGAAGUUACUGUGCACUGAAGAAUUUGCAGUGACAAAUGAAGAAUCCUAAUUAUCACAGGAGCUUCUUUUCCCUGUAUACCAUUUCAUGUCACUGAAGGAAAGGUGAGCAGUGAUGACUUUAAUCUAGAGUCUCACUGCUAAACAUCACAAACUGUUCCCAUUAUAAACACUCUGCCUUUAAAUCAAUCUACUAGUGUUGUCAGAGGGAUCAGUGUUUCAUGUUUUAUGCUUUAAAAAUAAGGAAACUGACCUGCAAAUGUGCUUUUCAGAACACGUUCUGGUUUGGUCUGGGAGGCUGCUGCAUACUUCUUAUUCCCAGUAUCAUCUUCUCUAUCAAACUGGCCAAGUACUACAGAAGAAUGGACACAGAGGACGUCUUUGAAGAGUGAGUUCAAACACAGCCAUAUUUUUUUCAUCCAGCUGCAAAGAAAAAAAUUCAGAGAUUUGCUCUUUUUUUUCUGAAUCCUCCCUGUAGAUCAAAAUUGAAUUAAUCAGUCCCUUUCUUUUCUCUUCUCUGUUCUUCGAUCCCCUUCAUAUUUUCUCCUCAUUUUGUCUGUGAAUCUCUCUCCAGCACUUCUUACCCGUGGCUUGUUGCUCUCUAAUGUUUGUUAUCCACACUUCCUUUCAUCCUUUUCACUCCUUUGUUUCAUAUGGAUUUCACUUGAGCUCUGGACCUCUGCACGUCUUUUAUACUUAAUCAGAAAUCAAAAGCUCUACUUUUCCUCUCCACACGGAUCUACAUUUCAUCAUCUUGUCCUGCAUCUUCUACCUUCAUUUUUUACCACUUUUUUCUAUCUUGAGAGAUGCUUUCUAAGGAUCGCUCCAUCCUUGUUGCUUUCAGAGGAGUCCUUUCAUUCUCCCUCUCACCUGUCCACCCUCACUUCUGUGUUGUAGUAUGGGUAAUACAGGUAAUCGUGGUGAACAAGUGUGUGAAAUCCACGGAGACCACAGUGUGCUCAGGUACGAGCAGAGCCUCUGUUGCUUGCAUGCUGCGAUAUUAAUUGGUGGAGGGAUAAUUUUCAGUCUGGAUGGUUGAAAGUCAAUGAACAGAGUGACAUGUCUCACUAUUCUCCACGGAUGUUACAUUUGCUAUAUGUGUGUACCUGUAUGUGUGUCUGUGCGUGUACAUGUAGCUCGCCCUAUCUCGACACUCUGACCCGGUUCCCUCGGGCAUCUGCUCCCCCGAGCUAUAUGGACUGGUGACCAAAAGGAACUUGUUGAUGAGGUACCGCUGAUCAGUCAUGACUUUUCACUAACCCUUACCUAAAAAACUGCAUCUAUGAACCAUCAGCCAUUUAAUCCUCAUCCAUCCGACUUCAUCUUGGUAGAGGUGAAACACUGAAAUAACUUAGAAACAUGACAACAAGUUUGAUGUUUAAACCAUCAGUUUGUGAUUUCUGCUGAAAGGGGAGCUGCAGUUUAAACAGUAAUUACCAAGGACAUGGUUGGAUGACAUUGGGAUGUAGUGUGGGAGUUGUUGCCAGAUGGCUGGUUACUUGCAGAUGGGGUUAAGCUAAAUGCAGCGUCACUUUGGAGGAAUCAUACAUCUCCCUUGGUUUGAACAUUUUUUGAAACAUUUGAGAGAAAUAUAAGAACUUAAAGGGAUAUUCCGGCAUAAAAUUAAUUUAGGGUCAAACACAUCGUAACACCGAGUUAGACACCCUCUCGAGAGAUGAAUGUUGCCGACCGCUUGCUUCACUAGUCAUACCAACUUUAGUAACGACCGCACGAUAGCAAUACACAGUGGUCUGAGGAGACAUAAACAAACCUCAACCAAAACGCCAUUUCUUCAUGAAAAUGCUAUCAGACUGAGACGCUAAGGCAGAAGAACUACCGUGUCUGCAGUGAAAAAUGAUUAAUAUGGUGAUUAUUACUUCAAGGAAAUGAUAAAGUAAUGAUCAUAAAUGUUCUUCCUUGAGCUGCGUCACCCCGCUGUAGUCCAUAAUGGACUGGCCUGAGGUCUCACUACAAACAAGCAGCUGCUGGAAGAGAGUAGGUGAGUUGUGUUUAGUCUCUUUGCUAAAGAAAUCAGGCAAAGUUGAAAAGAUGUUUGGUGGCUAGGACCCUAUAUGUACUGUUGAUGAAGUUAGGUGCUGUUCUGAGUAUUAUUUGUGGCUAUAGAGUGGCGUUUUGGUUGAGGUUCGUUUAUGGCUCCUCAGACCGCUGUGUAUUGCUAUCGUGCGGUUGUUACUAAAGUUGGUAUAACUAGAGAAGCAAGUGGUCGGCAAGAUUCAUCUCUAGAGGGGGUGCCUAACUUGGUGUUGCGUUGUGUCUGACCCUAAAUUAAUUUAUGCUGGAAUGUCCCUUUAACUUAGCAAAAAUUUUUACCACCAGUCAGUUGUUAUCAGACAAUUUUAGGUGGAAUUAUUGCUUUUAACACUGAGAAGUUUUUCACUCUUGUGGUAAAUUCUCAAGGACUGUUAUAACUUUACUCUUCCGCUGCAACUUUUCUACCUCGUCCAAAGUCCAACUGCAAUAUUUUGAGGAUUUUUGUCAAUUUUUUACAUUCAUCUUCGUUUUUCCAAUAUGGAGAUAAAAAAUUUCAUAAAGCACAAAGUUGACAGAUACUCACCUCUCGUCUCUUCCAUCACUGUCUUCAUCCCUCAUCCUUCAUCAUUGUCUCUUUUCACCACCAAUGUGCUUCAAGCUCUGGGUCAGAAUGUUUCUCAGGAUGGAGAUGAAGCUGAUUUCUGCUCAUUCACCAGCGCUGUCAUGAAGAUUUCAUUCUGCCACUUUUGCGCUACAUUGACUGUUUUCUGCCAGUGCUCAUGGAAAUGCAUGUGGAUGAUACCAAAACCAGAACACUCCCAAAAUCUGGUCUCACUGAUAACCAACAGGAAUGUUUGUUGCUCUUGUCUUUUUUUUCCUGACAAUCACUUGAAAACUGAUUUCAUUUUUUUUCCCCAACAGUGGACAAGACUCCUGGAACUGAUAUUUCCCUCUUGGUGAGUCCUCAUGUGUCUAUUGCCUGUAAAUAGAGUAAUUCACUGUUUAAAAAGCACUUUUAAAGGUUAUUUACAACAUUUACUACUUUUUAUUUUUUUAGAACCACUGGACUUUCCAGCCUUCCUUUUCAGGGGAGAUCAGCAACAAUCAGGAACUGUGUGGUGAGGGCGUCCCACCCUCAGUGACCCUUCAAGCCAUUUGACAAGGACCUCCAAUGCCAGCCAAUUGUAAUAUAUGAUGUGUUCUCUCUACCCACCAUUACUCAACCCAGCAUUACCACAGCAGUCCUUUUAGUGCGCUCCUCCUGCUGUAUAAUAUCAUUUAUCAGAGCAACGUACCUGUAUAGCUAGAUUUUACUGUAGAUAAUACAUUUGUUUCUACCUAUAAUGUGAGUUUUAACACGGUGACACAAGUGUACAUUUUUUUACAGCUUUCAAAACAUUUGAAAGUUUUAUAUAUUUUUGUUAAUGUUUGUUUUUUAACAUGUAAGUAGUAUUUUUGUAGAAUUAGCUCUUCUUUUCUUUAUGAAUAUUUGUAAUUUAGAUCAAAUCAUUUUGGCUCGACAGGUUCAGGGAAUUCAGGGAUUGCUCAGCAGUUUGGGAAAUACUUUGAUUUGCUUUCUUGCUGAGAGUUAAAUGAGAGACUAGAUUUGAUGUGAGUUGCAAGUUGUGUGGGACAAGUAAGAGUGCAGCUUAAUCGUGUUAUUUUACCCAAAGUUGCCAACCCACAGCUUCAAAAUUUCAAGAUAUUCUUUCAAGGUGCUGUAUCUCCAUGUUUUUGCCUUUAGACAGGGCUAGGCUUAUUGUUUUCCAUUUUCAGUCUUUGGCUGCUUGCAUACAAAUAUAAGAGCACAAUCCAUCUUCUCUACUAACUUUCAGCACAAUCCCAUAAAAGUAUUUCCCAAAGUGUGGCAUUUUUACCGGAGAAGGAAACACAGCAGCUCAAUUUGGCCUCUUCUUGACUAAGUUAUUUGAAACGCUGAGACAUAAAGAGAGCAGCUCAACAUGCACAGAAGUGACGCACACAUAUCUUCACAAGGUUUACAGACAGCUAACAAUCAAAAUAUCGUGUCUUAGGCAGCUCUCGUCAGGACAUUAGUGACGAGCUUGCUGCUUAUGUUGUCAGAGGUUGUUUUUUUUUGUUUGUUUGUCUUUGCCAGUCUGUGGUUUAAGAAAUUAAACUCCCAGGAGCCUCUAUGGUGUCAGGGGCUUGUUUGAGGACCUAAAGGUGACUAAACUGCUGGAGUUUGUGGUAAGGGAGCUAAUCUGUGAAUAAAAUCUUCAAACAAC